AUGAGCACAGCACGACCAAAAAACGAAAAUUCUGCAGAUGUCAUCAAGGUUAAGGUCCACGACAAGCUGCUAGAAACUGGUGAAUAUGAGAGAAUGAAAUCUUUUUUGAGAGAAAAACUUUUGGAGGCCGGUUGGUUUGAUGAAAUCAACGUCCUGGCACUAGACAAACUCAGCACUCAAGAAAAGCCCAGCUUUGAGACUGUGGCCGAGUCGCUCGAGACACAAGCCCUUGAUAUGAUACCUGACGAUAUCAAAAUCGAGCUUUUGCGGAAAAUUAGAGGUUUUCUCGAUACCUGGGUCGAGAGCAAAAAUUCAUGA